AUGCGAUUAAGAUUUUGCUCAAGAUUGAAUAGGAGAUUCAUAAAAUUAUUAUACAUUUUUAUUUAUUUUUAUUUUUAUUUUAUUUUAUUUUUUAAUAUUUGCAAUGAGCAAAUAAUCUUUUCUUACUUUUUUUUUUUACUUUGUUAUAAAGAUGGCCAAGAAAGGUUUUUUAUUUGGCAAUCUACGACAACUAGAUGGUUAUGCAAAAACUUUAGACGAUUUCCGUGUUAAAACAGUGACAGGCGCAUCAGUCACUAUUAUAAGUACACUUAUUAUUCUUACUCUCGUUUUCUCUGAAUUAAUUGCAUAUAGAACACCUAUUUGGAAACCAAGUCUAGUGGUAGAUAAAAGUAGAAAAGAAAAAAUGCCAAUCAACUUUAACAUCACCUUUCAUAACAUUCCUUGUCAUAUGUUGAAUGUGGACAUUAUGGAUGAUACUGGGGAACAUUCUUCUAGUUAUUCUCAAGAUAUUACUAAAGUUAGACUCAGUUUAGAUGGCAUUCCGCUGGAAGUUGGAGAAACUGUUCCUUUGGGAGAUCAAACAGGAGAUGCUUCAAAAGCAUUGCAGCCAGCAGAGGAAUGUGGAAGUUGUUAUGGCGCUAGAUCUUUGCGUGAGGAUGGUUGCUGUAAUACAUGUCAGGAUGUACGCGAAGCGUAUGUCAAGAUGGGUUGGGGUAGGGUAGAUAUGAAAAAAAUUGAUCAAUGUAUACGAGAAGGCUGGUUAGAGAAACUUGAAAAACAGUCAAAAGAAGGAUGUAAUAUCCAUGGUCAUUUAUUGGUCAAUAAGGUAAGAGGCAAUUUUCAUAUUGCCCCUGGUGAGGCCUUUCAAUCUAGUUCAAUGCAUAUACAUGAUCUUAGGGAGUUUGCUGCUGGUGCUCCAGAUGGACAUAAAUAUGAUUUUAGUCAUACAAUUCAUAAAUUAAAAUUUGGACCUGAUACAAAGGAUGAAACUGAAGAUAUUUUAGCUGUUACUAAUGCUUUAGCUGGUGUAUCUAAAUCUACAAGUGAAAGUAAUAGGCGAAAUUAAUCUACCUAUCAUAUCAGAUUUAUUUAUUUAUUUUUCUUUUAGGUAACUCUAUGUAUCAAUAUUUUUUAAAAAUUGUAUCUACAAAGCUUGUUCCCAUUCAUGGCAUCCCUACUUUAACAAACCAAUAUUCUGUGACGCAAAACGAAAAAAAGAACAUAGUAAAUGGACUACCUGGUGUCUUCUUUAUGAUGGAAAUAUCACCAAUGCAAAUUACUUACAAUGAGACACGUACUUCAUUUAAUAGUUUCCUAACUGGUGUCUUGGCUAUUGUUGGAGGUGUAUUCACUGUAGCUGGAUUAAUUGACCGAAUUGUUUAUAGAGCAGAGAGAGCAUAUAAAAAGAAAGUAGAACUGGGAAAAACAUUAUAAAAAAUAACAUAAAAUAAAGAACAUGUAUUCUUUUUAAUCUAUAAUAAUUUAUUUAUUUAUUUAUUUAUAAUCUUUCCUUAACCCAACCUUCGAGACCAUUGGCUAACCAAAUUUCUUGAACACUCUUUCC